AUGGCGCCCAGCAAUCAAGAACCCGUCCCGCCCCCCGAUGCCGGCAGCAGCUCCGCCCCCGAUCUCCAAAUCCUCGGCGACGAAAUCACCCUGCAACCUAGCGGGUUCGUAGAGCCAGAGCGCGGUCAAGAGGGCAAGGAGGAGGCAUUGAUGCAUCAGUUUGCCUCGUUCCGCACCGAGCCUCUGCAGUUCCUUCGCGAAGUGUCGCUCUACGUUUCCGGCCAAGGCUGGCGCGCGUACGACAAUGUCGUCGGCCAACCCGUCUUUUACUCGGGCUUUUCGGAAAACAUGAAGUCCAUGGUCCUUUCGGCGCCCCUGCUGCAGAAACGCAUCGCCGAGCUGGCCGACAACAGGGUCAACGUCGAGGUCCAGGAAGGCCUGAUCAACCAGGACGACAGGGAGUUUGGCGUCAAGCGCGCGCAGAGGCGCAGCGCCCUCGAGAACGGGCUCCAGCAGGUCGCCGAGAAGAUGACCGACGACAUGAUCUGCAAGAUGGAGAGCAAGACGUUCAUCCGCGGCGCCUACUACAUGACCACCCAGCUGCUCACCAGGGCUUACCACCAGGGAAUCCAUGUCUCGAGCGAAGAAGUGCUGCGCCUGCGCAAGGUGGCCGACGCCGCGGCCAAAAGGAAGCAGAGCAUCAUCUUUCUCCCGAGCCAUCGGUCUCACGUCGACUACGUCUCGCUGCAGCUCAUCUGCUACCGCCUCGGGCUUACCCUGCCCAUCGUGGUGGCCGGAGACAACCUCAACUUCCCCCUGGUCGGCAGCUUUCUGCAGCACGCCGGCGCCAUGUGGAUCAGACGCUCCUUCGGCGACGACGCCCUGUACUCCACCCUUGUGCAAAGCUACAUCGACACCCUGCUCCAGGAAGGCUACAACUUUGAAUGCUUCAUCGAGGGAGGCCGGUCCCGCACGGGCAAGCUUCUACCGCCCAAGUUUGGCAUCCUGAGCUUCAUCCUGGACAGCAUCCUCUCGGGCCGUGUCAAGGACGCCAUCGUGUGCCCCGUCAGCACGCAGUACGACAAGGUCAUCGAGACGGAAGGCUACGUCACCGAGCUGCUUGGCGUGCCAAAGAAGAAGGAAAACCUCGCAGACUUUGUCUCGGGAGGAUCGUCCGUUCUGUCGCUCAAGCUUGGCCGGGUCGAUGUCAGGUUCCACGAGCCCUGGAGCUUGCGAAAUUUCGUGGACCAGCAGCUGUCCCGCGUCUCGUCGAUCCCGCCCGGCCUGGACACGGAUCGCCAGAACCCGCAGGUCAAGGCGGUCCGGGAGAAGAUCCUUCGGACCAUGGGCUACAAGGUCUUGGGCGACAUCAACGCCGUCUCGGUGGUCAUGCCAACAGCCCUGAUCGGCACCGUGCUCCUCACUCUGCGGGGCCGCGGCGUCGGCCACCAAGAGCUUGUCCGGCGCGUCGAAUGGCUGACGGCGCGGAUCCGGGCCAAAGGCGGCCGCGUCGCCCACUUUGGCAACGCGCCCACGUCGGACAUCAUCAAUCGCGGGCUGGAAGUUCUCGGAAAGGAUCUCGUCGGAGUUGUCGACGGGCUGGCAGAGCCCACGUUCUACGCUGUCGAUCGUUUCCAGCUCUCCUUCUACCGGAACAUGACCAUCCACCUGUUCAUCUACGAGGCUCUCGUGAGCGCAGCCAUGUACACGCGGGUGAAGCUCGGCGGCGGCUCUGCUAUCCAGGACAUCACGUACGAAGAGCUUAAAGGCCAAGUGCUCUUCCUGUCGUCACUCUUCCGCGGCGAGUUCAUCUUUGGAUCCGCAGGCCUGGCGACCAACCUAGAAAACACGCUCCGGGGUCUCGAAGCCGACCAGAUUGUCCGCGUCGACCGUGACGAGAAGGGCAACAUCACCACGGUUGGCUUGUCCGCAGAGGAGCGCAAGGCGGGCCGUGAGAAUUACGACUUUUACUGCUUCCUGAUUUGGCCCUUUAUCGAGGCCAGCUGGCUCGCCGCCGUCUCGUUGAUGGGCUUGUCGCCGCCGCUUGGCACCAACGGGGACAUUUGGAUCGAAUCGGCCAAGGCACAAGACAGUGCUCAGCUGCUCGGCAAGACGCUGUAUCACCAGGGCGACUUGUCCUACUUUGAGGCGGUCAACAAAGAGACGCUCAAGAACUCGUACGCGCGGUUCCAGCAGGAGCACAUCGUGCACGUUGUCAAGUCCAAAGACCUCAAGAUCCCGCCGAGGCUGCAGCUCGACCCGGAGUGGCGGCCGUUGCGCGAUGCCACGACGGGCGCUCUCCUUGCCGAGGGCAAGCUGUGGGAUUUCACGGAAAAGAUUGCCAGCUCCAGGCGCGAAGGCAAGAACAGGCGCGACGGAGCCACCGUCAGCGUCCGCGUGCUGCGACUGACAGACCAGCUGGGAGCCAGCUUGUACGCGCAGGCCACGGAGGCCGACAAGUCCGGCAAGAACAAGGUCCCCAGCCGGCUCAGCCAGGAGGAUCAGGAAGCGCACAGGAGUGAAUUGCGCCGGAAGAAGAAGCGCAUCCAGAAGGCGCACCUGUAG